CCCUUCUCCCCGCGCCAACGAACGCAGCGCAACCGACACCCAUUCCACGGUCCUCUUCACGCACUUCGCCUUUGCCCUCUCCUCCCCUCCCGCCCCGCAGAUUUAUAUACGCCUGGGCCGGAGAUAUGCGCUUCCCCGUCGCUGCCUCUCACUCACCGAACCACCCAACCCCAUGGCCGCCGCCGCCGACGAUCCCAUGCCCCCGCCGCCGCUGCCGCCGCCUCGCCGGCCCCACAAGCAGCUCAACCCGAGGAGGUACCAGGUGGAGGUGUUCGAGGCGGCGCUGGUGGGCAACACCAUCGCGGUGCUCGACACGGGGUCCGGGAAGACCAUGGUGGCCGUCAUGCUCGCUCGCGAGCACGUGCGCCGCGUGCGCGCCGGGGAGGCGCCGCGCCGGACCGUAGUGUUCCUCGCGCCCACCGUGCACCUCGUCCACCAGCAAUUUGAGGUGAUUAGCGAGUACACGGACCUUGACGCGACGGAGUGCUACGGAGCGUCGGGGGUCGGUGGGUGGAGUGCCGAGCACUGGAAGGAGGAAGUAGGGAGUAAGGAGAUUGCUGUUAUGACACCACAGAUAUUAUUGGAUGCUCUGAGGCAUGCUUUUGUAACAAUGAGUGUAGUGAGCUUGCUAAUAUUAGAUGAAUGCCAUCGUGCCUGUGGAAACCAUCCAUAUACACAGAUAAUGAAGGAAUUUUACCUUGGCUCUCAGUGGAGGCCAGCUGUAUUUGGAAUGACUGCAUCUCCUGUUGCUACGAAAGGAACCUCCACAAUUCAAGAUUGCGAAGCACACAUUGCUCAACUUGAACUAGCAUUGGAUUCUAAGGUAUAUAUCAUAAAAGAUCGGAGUGAACUUGAGAGCUUUUCCCCUCCUGCAACGAUUGUGAACAAAUAUUAUGAUGCUUACUUGGUUGAUUUUGAAGAUUUGAAAUCAAAGCUACAGAUAUUGUUUGAAGAGUUUGAUGCUCUGUUGGUUAGUCUGCAAGAAUCAUCACCAAACAAAUUUGAAGACACCAAUAACAUAUUAGAGACAUCAAGAAAGAGCUUGUGCAGAUACCACGGGAAGAUAUUGUACGGACUAAAUUAUCUUGGUCCAAUCAUCACAGCUGAGGUAGUGAAGAUCUAUAGUGAAAGCAUUAAGGCAUUGGGUGAUUCUGAAGAUUGCUUCUCUAAAGCUGGCUUCAACCUGCACGUGUCUUAUUUUAAAGAAGCUUUAGAUUUGAUACAGGAAGUGCUGCCACAGGGUUAUGAUGAACUAAUGAAAUCAGAAUCUGGUUCUGCGGAAUUAAGUAAAAGGGGGUAUAUUUCUUCAAAGGUGGAUACACUAAUCAACAUUUUUAAAUCAUUUGGGUCAUCAAACGAAGUGCUGUGCCUAAUUUUUGUAGAAAGAAUUAUGACAGCUAAAGCUGUUGAAAGGUUCAUGAGAGGAAUUGUUAAUUUCUCUCGUUUUUCAAUCUCUUACUUGACUGGAGGGAGUACAUCAAAAGAUGCUCUCAGCCCAGCAGUGCAGCAAUUUACUUUGGAUCUGUUCCGAGCUGGAAAGGUAAAUUUGCUUUUCACAACUGAUGUGACUGAAGAGGGUAUUGAUGUACCUAACUGCUCUUGUGUCAUACGCUUCGACCUGCCCAGAACUGUUUCUAGCUACGUCCAAUCUCGCGGUCGUGCUAGAAAGAGCAGCUCAAAUUAUGUUCUUAUGAUUGAGAGGGGAAACAUGGAGCAGCAGGAACAAAUAUUUCGUAUAAUACAGACCGAGUACUAUAUUAAACAUUUUGCUCUGUAUAGACGUGCCAAUGUUUCAUCCUAUGAUUUGCCUAUGCAAGAUAAGCACACAUACCAUGUUGAUUCAACGGGAGCAACUAUAACUGCAGAGUGCUGCGUCAACCUAAUUCGUAAAUACUGUGAGAAACUUCCUAAAGAUAGGUAUUACAUGCCAAAGCCUUCCUAUGAGAUGGCUGUCGAAGAUGGAUCAUAUCAAUGUACCUUGAUUCUACCUCCCAAUGCAGCAUUUCAAAGGAUAAUUGGCCCUUCAUGCAGUACAGGCAAUUUAGCCAAGCAGCUUGUAUCUCUAGAGGCAUGCAAGAAGUUGCAUCAGCUGGGAGAACUUGAUGAUCAUCUUGUACCCUUGACCGAAGGUCCUAUGGAUAUUGGUAAUUCUAGAACCAAUGAAAAAUGCAUUUCUGGACCAGGAACAACUAAAAGAAAGGAGCUCCAUGGAACAACUAGUGUUCUUGCUCUGACAGGAACUUGGACUCAUGAAAGUGAAAAUGUCUCUCUGAAUGCUUACAGAUUUGAUUUUCGUUGUGACCAAGAGGGCGAAAACUAUGCUGGAUUUGUUCUCUUAAUGGAAUCGGCACUUGAUGAUGAUGUAGCAUGUUCAAAAAUGGAUCUCUUCUUGAUCCCUAAUAAAAUGGUCUACACUACCAUAACGCCUUGUGGAAAAAUUCAACUGAACAAAAAGCAGCUACGUGAAGGGAAGUUGUUCCAAGAAUUCUUUUUCAAUGGAAUAUUUGGCAGAUUAUUCCAUGGUUCCCGGACAAGUGGAGUGCAGAGGGAAUUUAUUUUCAGAAAAGGUUAUGAAAUACAAUGGAGCUCAGAGAGCAUGUACUUACUUUUACCUUUGUGUUAUUCGUCACAUAUCCAGCAUGAUCUAAGCAUAAACUGGGAGGCAAUUGGAUUCUGCACCGAUGCACUGGAGCAGUUAAGAAAUAUGUAUACUGAAGAUGGAAACCUCCAUGCAAAUUUUAUUCAAUGUAGAAGUAUCAAAGGAGAAGACAUGAUUCAUAUGGCCAACAAAUCUCUACGUGUUUCCAGCAUCAAAGAUUCAGUUGUGUUAUCACUUCAUACUGGGAGGAUAUACUCUGUUCUUGACUUGAUCAUUGACACAACCGCAGAGGACUCAUUUGAUGAGAUGUAUAAUGGGAAAGCUUCAACAUUUGCUUCAUUCGUGGACUACUACCAUGAAAAGUACGGUAUUAUUAUUCGUCAUCCAAAACAACCAUUAUUGCUGUUGAAGCAAAGCCACAAUGCACACAAUCUUCUUUUUUCAAAAUUAAAGUACAUAGAUGGUCCUACUGGAAAUCCUCUGCUCAUGGAAAAAGAGCAAAUACAUGCUCGGGUCCCACCUGAACUGCUAAUACACAUUGAUGUAACAAUUGAAAUUCUCAAAUCAUUUUAUUUAUUGCCUUCUGUAAUGCAUCGGCUUCAGUCUCUCAUGCUAGCCAGCCAGCUUCGUGGAGAUAUUGGUUACAUUCAACACAUACCAAGUUGUCUGAUUUUGGAAGCUAUCACAACUUUAAGGUGCUGUGAGACAUUUUCCCUGGAGCGUUUAGAAUUAUUAGGAGACUCAGUACUAAAAUAUGUGAUAGGAUGUGACCUAUUUUUGAGAUAUCCUAUGAAACACGAAGGUCAUCUUUCUGAUAUGAGAUCCAAGGCGGUCUGCAAUGCCAAACUUCAUAAACAUGGAGUAUGGCGAUCCUUGCAGGGUUACAUACGGGAUAGUGCAUUUGACCCACGGCGUUGGGUUGCUCCUGGACAGAUAUCACUGCGCCCUUUUCCUUGUAACUGUGGAAUCGAGACUUCAUUUGUUCCAACUAAUGGAAUGUAUAUCAGGGACGACCCAUCUUUUGUUGUGGGAAAACCAUGUGACAAAGGUCACAGAUGGAUGUGCUCGAAAACAAUAUCUGACUGUGUUGAAGCCCUAGUUGGAGCAUAUUAUGUUGGUGGUGGCAUCAUUGCUGCACUUUGGGUAAUGAGGUGGUUUGGUAUUGAAAUAAAAUGUGAUAGGAAGUUAGUGCAGGAAGUUAAGCUUAAUGCAUCAUAUAUAUGCUACUUACCGAAAACAAAUGAUAUUGACGAGUUGGAGGUAAAACUGAAGUACAACUUCUCAGUCAAGGGCCUUCUACUGGAAGCCAUAACUCAUCCAUCUGCGCAGGAAUCUGGGGUUGACUACUGUUACCAGCGUCUGGAAUUUCUGGGUGAUUGUGUGCUGGAUCUACUAAUCACACAGUAUCUAUAUGUUACCCAUACUGAUGUUGAUCCUGGAGAAUUGACAGACUUGCGUUCUGCUUUGGUUAGUAAUGAGAAUUUUGCACAAGCAGUUGUAAGAAACAACAUUCACAGUCAUCUGCAGCAUGGGUCUGGAGUACUUUUAGAGCAAAUUACAGAAUAUGUUAGGUUCAAUUUGGAGUGCCAAGGAAAGGAGAAUGAAUUCCUUCAACAUUCUACAUGUAAAGUACCUAAGGUACUUGGGGACAUCAUGGAGAGCAUCGCCGGCGCAAUAUUCAUAGAUACAGAUUUUAAUGUUGAUCUGCUUUGGAAUAUUGUUGAACCGUUGCUUUCUCCAAUGAUAACUCCUGAGAACCUUGCAUUACCACCUUAUCGUGAGUUGCUAGAGCUAUGUAGCCACCUUGGUUAUUUCAUAAAUUCAAAAUACAGUAGUAAAGGAGAAGAAGUAAUUAUAGAGAUGUCAGUUCAAUUAAGAGAUGAACUACUGGUAGCCCAAGGACAUGACAGCAAUAAGAAGAGUGCAAAGGCAAAGGCGGCUGCUCGUAUCUUGGCAGAUCUGAAGAAACGUGGCCUUUCAAUCAAACAAUGUUUCUCCAUGUAUAAGCAGUUGGAUAUUAUAUCUUCGGACUUGCAGUUUAACUUGACGAGUUUAGAAUCACCACUUGAUUAUAAUGAUGUGAAUGACAAUCCUAGCAUAAAAGGUUUUUCCUCACAGAAAGAAGCAGUAGUUGUCACGCUCAAAAUGGAUAAAGGUGGACCGCGAAGCGUUCUUUUUAAGCUAUGCAAGAGGCUGCAGUGGCCAAUGCCAGAAUUCGAAUUUGUGGAACAAAGGUUUAGGACUCCUAUUGUCCUGGAUGGGGUAACUACAACCAACUUCAAUAGCUUCGUUUCAACCAUCACCUUGCACAUACCUGAUGUAACCGCCAUUACCCUUCAAGGUGAGCGACGAACUGACAAAAAGAGUGCCCAGGAUUCAGCAUCGUUGAUAAUGCUUCACGAGCUUCAGUGUCUCAAGGUCUGUAUAUGCAAGACUUAGCAACGCGCAUCGUAGACCCACAUGGCAACUAAAGCUAUUGGAGUACUUUUUAACCUGCGGAUCUGAUCUUCCCCCAGAAAUGAAUCAUGUUGAAAAACAAUUAUGAACAACUUGGUACUAGUAGUGCUAGAUAACCUUGCAGCGCCUUUGAAGAAUUAAUGUCUUGCCACUUGGUUCAGCAGUUUCCAUAAUGUUUUGUUUGGAGGGAUAGGAAGCUGGAGUGUGUCUGUCUUUUCAUAAUUGCAAUGUACCAUUUCAACUGAGCAAGAAAAUAUAAUACGAGAACCGAUAUUUGUUUUGGUUUUAAUCUACCUUAAAACUCAUAGGAGUUAUUGUAGUACCAA